AUGGUGAAUGAUUCAUCCUACCUCCAGUAUCGACGCAUUGGCUUGGCGGUGCAGCGGCAGCUGGAAAGAGACCAGGAGAAGACUCUGGCUGCACCAGACAUUUGUGUGAAAGAUGAUCUCCCGCAAAGACAAUCAAUUCCCCUAUCAGACGACCAAGAUCUAGCAGCACAUCGCCCAUCACACAAUCGAAACUCGGCUGACUCCAAUGAAGCGAGCCUCCAUGGGGAUCAGGAUCACGAUGGUAGCCUCACAACGAUCCCAACGCGCCAUUCGCAACGGACGGCGCUGGGCCAUGCCUUGACGGGCAUCCACGCACGGGAUAGGACAACGAGGGAAGGCAAGGGCUCCAAGGUCUUCGUGGUCGGUUGGGAGGGCGAGGAUGACCCAUUGAAUCCGCGCAACUACAGCACGAUAACUCGAGUCGGGUUGACCUUGGUUCUUGCUUCGAUUUCGUUCGUCGUGACCGCAGCAUCUUCCAUCGACACAGCUAUCAUACCUCAGGCUGCUGCUGAAUUCGGAGUCAGCGAGGUGGUGGAGUCUCUAGCAACUGGCAUUUACCUUGCUGGUUUUGCAGCUGGUGCAGUGUUUGCUGGGCCCUUUUCAGAAACUUUCGGUCGCAAUCUUGUGUACAUUGUUACCCUGUUAGGAUUCAUGAUCUUCAUAAUGGCAUCGGCACUUUCACCAAACAUCGGGGCACAACUCGCAUUCAGGUUUAUUGCUGGAUUUUUUGGUUCGACUCCUCUGACAUGCGCCGGCGGUUCGAUCUCCGAUCUGUGGGAUCCGCUCGAGAAGACUUAUGGCUUCCCGAACUUUGCCAUUGCCGGCUUUGGUGGCCCGGUAUUAGGCCCAGUGGUGGGCUCCUAUAUAGGGGUUGGGGACAUUCCGAGCUGGCGCUGGACAGAAUGGAUCAUGCUCAUCGCCGGGGGUCUGGUGCUAACUCUUAUCAUCCUUUUCCAAAGGGAGACAUAUCCACCGCUCCUACUGAAAUGGAAAGCGCAGCACUUCCGCAGAAUCACGGGCGACGAUCGAUUCAGGUCUGAGAUAGAAAUCACCAAGACGACACUAUGGUCACGACUGAAGAUCGCACUGCAACGCCCCUUCCUGCUCACCGGCGAACCAAUCGUCCUCCUGAUGGCACUCUACCUCACGGUUUUGUACAUCAUCCUCUUCACGUUCCUGGACGGGUACACGUUUAUCUUCAGUGAUACCUACGGAACUAACCAAGGUCUGACGAACGUGAUCUUCGUGGCUAUGUUCGUGGGGAUCGCGCUCGCUCUGCUAUUAGUGCCUUUCGUGUACAAGAAGACGAAGCAGAACCUCGAGAGCAAUCGAUCUGAGAAGGGCACGCAUAUCCACCCGGAGGUACGAUUGUGGUAUGCGAUGCUGGGCGGUGCCCCUGCAAUCCCCAUCUCAUUGUUCUGGAUGGGAUGGACUGCAUACCCCUCCGUUAGCAUUUGGUCUCCGAUUAUUGCCUCGACCGUCUUUGGGUACGGACUGAUAUGCAUUUUCCUUAGUUCUUACAUGUACAUCAUUGACGCGUACGAGAUCUAUGCCGCAUCCGCACUUACCUUCGUCACGGUCACGAGAUACCUAGCGGCGGCGGGUAUGACUGUUGUUGGGAUCCCGUUUUAUAAAAACGUUGGAGUGCACUGGACGCUGACGAUCCUUGCCUGCAUCAGCUUAUUACUAACGCCUAUCCCAUACGUCUUGUACAAGUAUGGCUAUCUGAUUCGACGGCGGAGUAAAUAUGCUGUUGAUACAGCAUGAUUUAGAUGGUAUAAGGCAAAUAGGGAGGGAGGACAGAUCAAAAGCUUGGGGCGUAAGAGUGGUCAUCAGGCGUCUUUAGAGGAACUCCAUAGAAUCAAAAAGUCAUUUUAGCGGACAGUGUUAGACUGUUAUAAAUCAUAAUUAUUAGGCAAUUAUCUCAUAUACAUGCAACGCCUUAAGCAUAAUAUCCAGCAAAGUCGAC